GCUAGAUACGUAGUAGACAUUCUCCAAAGGCGCAGAAUCCAACAACCUAGGGGACUGGAAAAAAACAUCCACACAUCCACAACAGACCAGCAGCAAAAUUGUGAUGGAAUGGGCACGAUUCCGCAUGUAUUGCACCACUGUGCGCGGCCGAUCCGGCCCAGCGAGUUCGCCGACGCCGUCCAGGCCCUCUGCCGGCCUCGGAUGCAGGCGGCGCGCUCCAAUAUGCCCAUCCCCGUAGCCUUAGCCAUCAGCGGAGGCGUCGACUCCAUGGCCAUGGCAUGGCUAUGCGCCGAAGUUCGCCGUCUCGACCCAACCAUGCGCGUGGCCGACCACCGGGUGCUUCGUUUCAUGCCCAUAAUCGUCGACCACGACUACCGCAGACACAGCUACCGCGAAGCAAAGACCGUCGGUGACUUUCUGCGUGAGCGCUUGAACAUGAGGCCGAUCAUCGCAAGGAUUAUGUGGGACAAGUUGGAUAGGGAUCGCGUGCUCAAUCAUGGUGAGCCUUCUGGUAGGAGCAAGGGCGCUUCGCAAGACGACAGCAGGCUGAAGUCCAUCCGUCCGCAGGACAUUCCAAACUUUGAGACGGUGGCGCGAGAACAACGCUACCGCCUCUUUGCCCAGAAGAUGGUGCAUGAACGGUCCAUGUCGCUGUUCUUGGCCCACCACGAGGACGAUCAGUAUGAAUGGCUGCUGAUGCGCCUGAUGGACGGCCACGGCCCGCGCGGGCUAGUUGGCAUCCCGGCCGCCAACCAGCUGCCGCACACCCAAGAUAUUCACGGCUCGUACGAGAGUGGUUUUAUAGACGACCAGAACUACCGUAAUCCACUCUUUAGGCUUAAUCCUAACACCAACGAGAGCAAGGAGCUCCGGACCGCCUUGAAGGAGCAGAUAAUGCAAGAGCUCCUCAGUCCACCUUCUUCCAGCGCCGAGACGGGCUCUGCCGUGCGGGACUAUAUCUAUUCUCUUACUGGCGCUGAGGAUGGUCCCAACAGAGGAGCCCCCGAGUUGGAACCAUGCAGGGUAGAGGACGGCGGCACCAUGCUGUAUCGGCCGAUGCUUGAGUUCUCCAAAGACCGCAUCAUUGCGACAUGCGUGGAGAACGGUGUCCCGUGGUUUGAGGAUAGCACAAACAAGGACAUGACACUCACUCCGCGAAAUGCUAUCCGUCACAUGGUCAAGCACCACACUAUGCCAGUCGCGCUGCAAAAGCCAGCCGUCCUUGCCAUGUCCAACCGUAUUCGGCGUAGAUUGGAGCUACAGAAACAAGAGGCAGAUCGGAUUUUCAACCGGCUCGUCUUCUACGAGUUUCACCCUAACGUUGGAUCCAUUGUGGUUGAAUUCCCUAACCUCCGCCGCCCAGGCCCGCGCCGGAGGCACUCCAUAUACACGACCCGCUGGCGUCAAAUCGCCCUAGAUAACAAGACGAUAGCUGCGGCGCAAGCCUUCCGUCGCCUACUGCGCAUCGUCUCCCCAAAGAACGCAUUGCCGACUGCAGAGGACUUGCAACCCUUUGUGGGUCGAGUCCUUCCCUCCCUAGCCGACACAACCAUCGGUGAGGCACCCACCACUCCGCCCAAAUCAUUCGUCAUCAGCGGGGUGCAUUGUGUGCCCAUCCAACCCAAACCCAAAGACCCAAAUCAAAGAUUGAGGUGGCAGCUGGCCCGGGCGCCCCACAACUCGCCAGCCCGCGAGCCCCUCCCCUCGGUCGAGUUCCGCAGCCGGGUAUGGGCCUGGGCUUACCCCGACAAGAAACAAUGGUGGUGCUCGCCCGACACGAUCAAGCAAAAUCGGGGCGCCGUCUCGCACCGCUUCCGCUUCGUCCCGUAUGACGGCGGCCGCUUCUGGGUCUCGGUCCGACACCGCCUGCCCGUCAACGUGCACGUCGGACCUCUGGCCUUGCCGUACCUCCGCCGGUUCCGCGACGCCCUGCCUGACGACGCCUCCCGCCGCCGCCUCGAAGACCUGCUCAAACGCUACGCCGGCAACAAGCUCCGCUGGACCCUGCCGGCCGUUUACGCCUCGGGGCCCAUCUCCUGGGUCCAGGAUCCCUACAUGCAAGAACAUCCGUACACUCGGCCCAGCCGCGCACGCCAGGAGGAGAUCAUGCGCUUGAUCGAGUCCUCCCGCGACGAGAUGAACAUCAUCUCGCUGCCGACCCUGGAUAUGAGCUUGCCCGGAUUUGAGCAGUGGCUGCGGUGCGAGUUUCGCUUCCGCAAGGUCGACGGCGCCGUGCCCAGCAGCCUGGAACGCACCAGGAUCAACAGCAUGCUGGCCGUCGUCGGCUUCGGACACAAGUGUGUCACGCGCGUUGACAAGAGGCGCAAGAGGGUCGUCAGGCCCAGGAGAAAGGAUGCUGUGACGAGGGCGAGGAAGCCGCCGAUCGUGAGGGGUGUUGCUGCGCCUGGGAGGGCUGCGACAAAAGUGAGGUUAGCUCAUGUCGGCACGGCAUAGACGACUGUUGUGAAGCAUUUGUGUGGCGAGAGGCAUAGUAGUUCGGUCGCUCGGGGAUGUGUGUAUUUGUAUUCUCAACAAACAACGUGCCAUACUGUCUAGUACAAACAGCCUAGCAGACAAUGUCAGAAUACCCUUUUCAUUUUAUUGUCACAAUAACACAAGUUGAUGCUUAUGGCUAAGAAAGACUCGAA